ACCGACCGGUAAUUUCUUCAGUUGGAUUUUAGAACAUCGAACGGGCGGGCGUGUGUAGGAUGGAUCGUUAAGACUUAAAAUAAUUUUUUCAUUCCGCCUUCUAGCAGUGUUUGUUUAUACCUUUGACACGUUUUCCGCAAAUCCUUCUCGACCGUGGUGCUUAAUUUCUUUUAGAUUCGGCGUUUAUUUUCUAUUAUACCCUUUAUCAAAGCGCCGUUCCGAUUUCUCGUCGAGAAGGCGGCCGCACAAGUUCGAAAGCGGCUUUUUAAGAGUAGUCCCACCUACUCGAUAACUUUAUUAUCAUUGUAUCAACGAUUCAAGCAAAUAUCAAGAUGGUGAAGAAGAUCUCAGAAGAAAGUGUUGAUAGCGGCGUCGGUCGCGGCAGCAGUCAGUCAGGGAGCGAACGGGAGAUAGAAGUACCCCGUGGAUCGGAAGCAUCAGCACCUGUAGCGAUCCCUGACAGUGAGGACCUCCAACGCCGCAAGGAAGAGGCCCGCAGGAAACGCCGCAGGAAGAAGCGUUCUGGCAGCUCCGUGGUCACAUCAUGUUUCCAAGACCUGUACAAGUUGACGGGCGAGGUUCUCGGUGAGGGAGCAUACGCUUCGGUGCAAACAUGCGUGAACAUAUACACGGGGCAAGAGUUCGCUGUGAAGAUCAUCGACAAAGUGCCGGGGCACGCCCGCGCCCGGGUCUUCAGGGAAGUGGAGACCUUCCACUAUUGUCAGGGCCAUCCCAACAUAAUCCAGCUCAUUGAAUUCUUUGAGGACACCGACAAGUUUUACCUUGUCUUCGAAAAGAUCAACGGCGGUCAGUUGCUCGGACGCAUACAAGAGCACCAUUACUUCUCUGAACCGCAAGCUGCAGAAAUUGUACGCGAAAUUGCGAAUGCGUUGCAUUUCCUUCACGGCAAGGGCGUGGCCCACCGCGACCUGAAGCCGGAGAACAUUCUAUGCGUCUACCGAGAUAGGCUCUGCCCGGUGAAGAUAUGCGACUUUGAUCUCGGUAGCGGCAUCAGCUUCACCUCAAGCCUGGCCAGUCCACUGGCGACGCCGCAGCUUAUGACACCGGUUGGCAGUGCCGAAUUCAUGGCGCCUGAGGUGGUAUCUCUAUUCGCUGGGUCGGCUGCAACGCAUUACGACAAGCGAUGUGAUCUGUGGUCUUUGGGGGUGAUCGCAUAUAUUUUGCUCUGCGGUUACCCUCCAUUUCGGGCAAAUUGCGGUGCUGAUUGUGGGUGGGAGAGGGGGGAGAAUUGCCGUGCGUGCCAGGAUUUGCUCUUCACUUCUAUACAGGAGGGCAGAUACACAUUCCCCGAAGAGGAGUGGUCGGAGAUAUCGCAUGAUGCGAAGGACCUCAUCCGGCAACUGUUGGUCCGAGAGGCAUCUCACCGGCUGAGUGCUGAAAGGGUUUUGAAGCAUCCAUGGCUUCGACGAGCUGAUUCCGCUCUCUACCCACCACUGCAGACACCCAUUAAUAUCAAGCGCAACCUAUCAGCGCGCAACCUGUCAAACUUCGCGGAGUCAGCAAUGGCGGUGAACCGUGUGAUUCAACAACACUUCUCUAUGAACUACUCUUACAUGGAGCGUCCCACACUUCGCGGCACCAAGUCCUGCAACCCUGCCGCCAACCAGAUAAUCGAGGAGCUGCAGAAUAUGACGGUGGCCGACAGAUGCGGGGACUACUGUGCCCCCUUUGGCCUAUCUCCUCCGACCGAGUCGCAGCUGCUGCGUCGUCGGCUUCAGGCCGAUAAACCACUUCCCGUGCAUUAGCCGUACUUUAUGGGCGUAUACUCCGGAGAAAUCACCAUUUCGGUUAAGUCAUGUUCCAAGAUCACUCAACUAAUUCCGAACUCAUGAAUCAAUUGGGCAGAAGUUGAGUCUAUAAGGGGUAUACGCCCAUGCCGGUAUCAUCACCUCAUCGCUACGUUGUUUGAGAAAAUCUUAACUGUAGUACAUCUACCGUCUCAAGAUUACUCGGGGUUGGCCAUUGGACGUGAUGUCACCGGUGACUACCGCCGAUUUGCCAGACAAUAUUGUGCGGCAGUACUGGAUGCGACACGGCAUUUGCUUCAAAUUUAAAACAAUGAAUUUUGAAGAAUUAAAUUUGUGACGGUAGUUUAGAAUUGAAGCAAAUUGCGUGUUAUGUUGGAAUUGUUUAUCCACCUUUUUCAAAAUUGAAGCCGAGUGUGCGCAGAUGUUCGGCAUAAUCGGAGCUCGACGCGGCAGUGCCCGUCACAUUCCUAGCACAGGUCCAAACUACCUGUGAUAGCCCAAAGCCGCAUCGCGACCGGUCGCCCUACUAAUUGUUCGACCGGUCGCGCAAAUAAUCGUGUCGCCAGUUGUGCGACUAGUCGUGUGAAUAAUGGUGUGACCGGUCGUGCGAAUAAUCGUGUGUCCGGUUGGGCGAAUAAUUGUAUGACCGGCUGAGCGACUAGUCGUGCGACCGGUCGUGCGAAUAAUCGUGUGUCCGGUUGGGCGAAUAAUUGUGUGACCGGUUGGGCGAAUAAUUGUAUGACCGGUUGAGCGACUAGUCGUGCGACCGGUCGCGCGAAUAAUCGUGUGACCGGUUGGGCGACUAAACGUGCAACCGAUCGCACGUUGCGGUUUCGACGUGAGACUGUGCCAAUGGAUAUUCCACCAGUGAUAGAUCCGAUCGCAAUUACUGUGAACGGUACUUAGAACUGUAACAGUUUUAUUUGAGCCUUUUAAAGAUAUAUUUUUAUGAAUAAAUAAAAACGACUGAAUAGUUUUUAUCGAUGUAGAGUAUUUUGUGAGUUUAUGUUGAGGCGGCCCCCGCCGAGACCGUCCCCGGUCGAUAAAAUCGUAUUAUAUGGAGAUAGUUGUGCUGAUACAUACUUUAUUACUGCUACAGAUAAAAUAUUUUUUUUUGUUGGAUUUAUAAAAUCCUCUAUAAUAAUUUGAGCUUGUGUGAUUGAUUGCCUUUGUUCAUGGCUUAUCCUUGCAAUAAAUUUUUUUGUUAUGUAAUGUUUUGAAUACUAGUCUGUAUAUUAUGUGAUGCAUUUUUACCAACAACGGAAAACGUUUCUCACUAUGUAAGAUUCAAUCGAGUUAGGUUUUUAUACGAGUGUUAAGGGCAAUAAGUGACAUUCCAGCAUUUGGCGGAUAAAUUAUGACAGUUCUUAUUAAUUACAGACUUAUUAGACAAGUCUAUAUGGAAGUAAUGUAUGAGGUUCUGCCUCAUAGUGUGUCCGACGAAGGCCUAGUGUGAAGUUCAGUGUAAUUGUGCAAAGAUCUAUAAAAGUACACGAACAUCAUAACAUUAAUAAUUGUAUGAAAUGUCAUAAAUUAUUGACUUGACUUAAACUGUUGGUUAAGAGUCGCAUGGGGUUCCAUGGGCUGCCAUAAUAUUGUGAUCAGUUUGAAUACUUUUAUAUUGCUGAAAGAUUGUACCUAAUGUUGAGGUAAAUGUAGACUUGCUAGAUAUUCCUGCGUACACUGAUUGGAGAAAGUAACACGUAGCGAUACAUUCGAUGAUAUUGAUUUAAAUGGAUUAAAAUUUAUUUUUCUGCCCGGUGGCUUUAUCCAAUCAAUUCUAAUACUUACGCAGAUCUUGUUAAUUUUUUUGUUUACGACUAAAUUUUUGAUUUUAAACUUUAUUGAAAUACAAAAUGUUUGAAUUUCA